AUGGAGUUCUGGUGCCCUGUUGGCUUUGACAGUAUUAGCCCUGAUAUGCCUGGGCGGCUGUCGAAUUUCCCAUAUAUCAAAGAGCAAAUUCGUCUCUCUAGAAUAGUAGAGAGCAUGAUGACGAACUUAUUUUCUCCACGAUCGAGCUUAGAUGGAAUUGUUCGUCGGUCAUGCCUCGACAAUUUGAACAUUGAGUUCUGCGAGUGGAAUGACUCGUUACCAGAAAUAGCGAAGUGGAACAAGUGGACAACGGACGACAACGUACCAUUCUCUGGUGUCGCUACUCUGCAUCUUUAUUUCCACAGCGCUCGAAUUGCGCUCAACCAUGACCAAUGCGGCGCGUCAGCAAACGACCCAGUAGCGCACACAUGCCGACAAUAUUGCAUACCAUCUUCCCAGGAAAUCAUAUGUCUCGUACGGCAUUACCGUAAUACAUACGGUCUGCGUCACGCACCGCUGACUCUAGUUUACGCUGUGGUUCGAGCGAUUCGUUCAAUUAAGUUGUUGGGCAUUCCCGAAGAACAUAAAUAUCUGUUGCAGGCGUUGUCUGAAUGCUCUCCUGCGUGGGAUUUGGCUGAUCAAAUACCCGCCGCGGAGAUCGCCACGCGUUAA